UCGUCCAGACGACUUCCAACAUCUCAGACGACUCAGACGAUUUACUGGGGCUAUAUUCGUAAAAAUGGCUUCUGUUUUUUUGUUUGGUCACAAGGGGCUGAGCUGUAAUUUCACUAGGCUUUUAGGUUAGUUUUGUAUUUGAUUCAAGUUUGGGUAUAGGUUUGAGAUUAAAAUCAAGUUGUGGGUUAGUUUUGGCAAAAACCCCUCAUUAUAAUCUGCUCUAAAAAUAAGAUAUUCAAAGUGUAUGUCUGUAUCCGGAUAAUAAAAUCUCAGAUCUAUUAAAACCGAAUUCAGAUCCAAAUAUGAUAUUUAGAUCCGAAUAUGUAUUUUAAAAUAUAUUUAAUAUUUAAUUUUAUUAAUAACUAUAUUUGAUAUAUUAAUAUUUAAAUAUAUAAUUAGUUUUAUAAUAUUAAAUUUUAUAAUACUAUAUACAUAUAUAAAUAUUAAUAAAUCUUGUAUAAAUAAUUAAUUUAUGUAUUAUUUUAAAAAGUCUAGAAUUUUUUUUAUAGAUCUGAAUAUCUGCAGUAGUAUAAUAUCUAAACGGAUAUAUGAAAUCUUGAUAUAUGGAAGUAGCAAAUCCGAGUAUUAAAUCAACAGAUCCGAUAGAUCCGAUUCUGGAUCCUGAUACCUUAUUUUUUGGAUAUCUGGAUACAUUCCACCCCUACAGUUUUGAUGCAAAUUGUCAAAAGUAUUAAUUAUUAAUCAACAGUUGUAUUAGGUUUGGGUGUUCAGUUUUCGUUUUUUUGUUCCUGAGAUAUAGAAAUCGUUUGGUUAUUAUGUAUUUUGGUUUGGUUUUGGUUUAAUUUAUGUAACGGUGUUGAAAUCAGUCAAAUAUCCGAUAAAUUUUUUGAAUUUAAUUUGGUUCUAGUUUGGUUUCCCUUUUAGGGAUAAUUUUGGAUAAUUCGAUUAACAUUCAAUUUAUAUUUUUAUUUUCUGGAUUAAAUAUUAGAGAUAAAUUUAAAUAUUAUGGAUAAAACUAUUUGAGUAAUUAGGUUCUUUUAGAUAAUUCGGAUUAUUUCAAAUAUAUAAGCUCGAAAUAUCUGGGUAAUCUAGUUUUACUAUGGUAGUUCUGUUUAUAACUAGUAUUAUUAGUAUAUUUGGUAAUUUUAAAAGGAAACAUAAUUAAUAUUUAUACAUAUAUAAACCAUACUUUGGAUAUUUGGUUUUUGGUUCGAGUUUGGUUUUGUUUUUCGGUUCCAAAAAUAUAAAAUUGUUUAGAUAUUUGUGAACAUCAGCUUGGUUUUGAAUUCAUUUUUUCCAAUUCAACUUUCGAGUUUCAAUUUAUAUGCAUGAGUCUAAGUUGUAUGGUGACCAAUUUAUCAUAAGAUCAAAUCUUCGGAUAUUCAAUUCUAGUUUUUUCAUAUUCGGUUCAGACAUAAUAACACAUCGUAAAUUCAGUUGUUUUAAUUUUGGGUUUGGUCCUACAUUGGGUUUCGGUUAACCAAAUACUUGUUUGUAAUUCAAAAAUACACAUGUUAGUCCGCAAACUUGUGAAAAUUUAAACAAUUUUCACUAACAAAAGUUUGGUGAAAUGAUGUAGAAAUGGUGUUUAAGAGGCAAAAAAUAAAAAUAAAUUAAAAUUACUGACUAACAACUCCAUACACAUAAAAAUAUUAUUUAACUUCAAACUGAAAUAACAUCUUGUAAACUUCAAAAACAAACAUAUUCAUAAUUGAACUUCAACUGCAAUCUAUCCUAUACUAAAAGGAAGAUAUUCUCAAUGGAGAGAGUGCCUUGUCAGAUUUUUUAAUCGUCCAAUUAAAAUGCACUAAUCUGCCAUGCUAUCAACAAUAUAAUCAUGCGAAAUAAUAUGGGCUCUUAGUGAUUUGAUGUGGCCCAAUUUUCACGAUCUCUCCGACUUUUACACUUUCUCUUUGCCGUCCCAAAGUCUAGAAACCCUACCGUCUAUGUGUUUCACCGUUCUGACUCCCUAUGUCUCUCCUCCUAUAUAAAAACCUUUUCCGAUCGACCUCCAAGCUCAUUCAACAACAUCCACAAAACUUCUUCCGGUAAAAGCAAAGUCAGUCGGAAAAAUCUCUUGGCAAGUCUCGGGCGGCUCUAUUUUUCAACGCCAUCACACUAGGCCUCUCGGACUCAGAGUUACGCUUUAGUUUAUUUCACUUAUGGGAGUCAAGAAACAGGGGGCUCCGUAUUGGCUUUGAACGGCAGCUCUCUCUUAAACAAGCAGGUAUGAUCUUUUACUGAUUAACCUGACCCUAUACUGUUUUCACAAGUCGCAGAAAAAAGUGUGUAUCGGUGGUAUAUGUUUAUCUUCGUGUUUGAUUUAUAAUGCAUAUAAUAUAGUGUAUAACGUAGUCUUCGAUAUCCCUGCUGUGAAAGAACUUCCGGGUUUUAGAAUACUUGAGGGACUAACUGUGAACGCUCUUCGAGGCGCAAAGGUAAAUAGUGGCUUUCUGAUUUUGUUUCCCUUCGUGUGACAGAAAAAAAUUAUAUAUAGCUGAUGUGUAUGUCAACAUGGUAGAUGACAGAGGCAAGGGUUAGAGGGCUUAAAGGAGUCAUACGAUCUUGCGUUAUGUGCUUUUGUGGUGUCUGCAAAGGAAUUCAGGUUUGCGAUUGGACCUAACUUUUUGCAUUUAACUGUAAAUAGAAACAAAAAAAUUUAUCAUUUACCUUACUACUCUCACCUAACUUUUUCAAGUAGGUUAAACAACUUUUACCUUAAGUAACAUGAAGGUGAUUUGCCAACAUGAAGACUGCAGACGGCAAGGUUUCCAAGAGUUUAUGGGUCUUUAGCAUCUUACAAUGACCACAAACUAAUUUAACACUUGCACAUAUACAGAAGAAGCUAAGAACGCAGUGCAGUGUGAGAAAUCAAGAAACAUUGAUCUAGAAGGAUUUCGAUAAUUUUGGUUGGUGACUCAAUCUCUUACCUUCUCUCAUUGAUAUUAUCAUGGUUGCUUUCUUUAGCUGGACUAAGAUCAUUCAACAUCAUUGUUUUUUCUUUCCCCAGUUGAAAACUGUAAGUACUAUGGAUGCUACAGUUAAAUUGAACUGCAUAAGCAAGGGUUUCAACUCUCAAGACACUCAAUUGGAAAGGACUUAGCUGGCAGCAUAUUUGCAUGUGCUUUAAUGAUCUUUACACGUUCGGCAUCGAAAAGCUUUCUCUGUCACUGAAACACUGUGUAAAAGUAAGGAAACAAAUACAAUAUUUUCUUGGUUUUAAUAUUUUUGGUUGCUGUGAAUUGUAACCUUAGUUCUCUAUCUUAGUUACAAGAUCUUCACUGAAUGCGAGGCAUGGAAGACUUUUAAUGAUGGCUCUACUUUGCUGAAAUAGGAAUGAGCUUCCAAUGAAUAAAGGUAAACCAUAAGAGAUACCCCAUUCAAAACCCAAUGUGUCAAUAGAGAAUAGAAGUUCUAAUUUUUCUAAGUCAGUUUUUCAUUUAUCAUGCAGGUCGGAUUAUGUGUUGGUCACAGCAGAGCAUGGCCAAUAACAAAUAUGAAGUGAAGGAUGACCAGUAACAAAUAUAAAAGGCCUAAUGAACACAUUCUUGAUUUUAUAAAAUAGAAUUACAAUUUUGAAGUGGAUAAUGAAGGAAGUAAUAAACCUUUUGAAAAUAGAAUUACCUGUAUUUUUUCCUGGGAUAAAAUCCUAUUAUGUCCUAAGCCAAAAAUAUUAUUUUUUACAGACCAUGUGAUGCAUGUGGCAGCUUUUACAAUUGUAAACUUAUCUUUGAGAACUCUUUGUUUCUUCGUCGGCUAAAGGGCUUCCCGUUCAGUCCGAUAUGAUUGCCAGACCUGCCCAAGAUUAGGAAAUAAACAUUGGGAUUUAGACAUCUGACACAGAAUAUCAAAUUUAGAUUGUAAUAUGGACUUGUGUUCAAAAAAAAAAGAUUGUAAUAUGGACCUACUGAUUAUUUAGCAAUCUAUCUAUCACUAAAUGAAAAGAGAUAUGAAAGGACAAUUAGUGAAGAAAAUAUGUUUAGGCCAUGUCUGGCAAUAGUUACCUUGAUAACUUGCAAACUUCCUCCGCUUGAUAGUACGUGAAAACAUACCUACUAAUAUGCGUUUUUCAACAAGGUGGGGAUAAAAGUACACAAAUGUUUCCUUGAAAGAUCACUAAAACUAAAGAAAGGGGAAAAUAUAAUCUCAAAGGAUCAAGUCGAAUUGAAAACUCAGAAAGGUACGUAAUGUUGGAGAGCGUGCAUGUUCGAGGGACAUCAUAAGGAUAUAGAGCCACAUAGGAUCCCAAUCGAUCCAAGACUCACUAAAGGAUAUUAUUCCCCCAGAAAGUUAGGUUACUCGAAUGAAGAAAUUGACUUAAGCUUUGGUUUGUUUUUACUGUAAACAAAAAAAUAGUAUGAAGAUAAUGUUAUUGGAAGUAUAUGCAAAAUUCCCCCAAUUGGUAUAUAAAAUUUUAUUUUUAUAACAGUGUAAUAACCUGAUUUUGUUUUUUUAAAUACUAAUUGUAAAACCAACUAAUAUUUAAUAAUAAAAGUUAAAUAAAUUGUGAAUAUCUAUUCAGAAUAUUUAGAUUAUCUUUUUACGCCGAGUUAAUAUUUUAACUAUAGCUGGACUGUAAGAUUUGUCUUUUUGUUUAUAAAAAACAAAUAAUAAAAUAAAUAAUAAUAUCUUCAUAGAAUUUUCAGUGUAUUUAACACAUAAAACAUUUUUAAAAGUUUUUUUAAUUAAAGAAAUAGGUAAUUAAAUUAGCUUUACUAAUUAUAAUUGUAAAAAAUAGAUUAUAAUCGUAAAAAUAGAUUAAAAAGAUUAAAUAAGAGAUAAAUAAAAACAUACACAUGAUAUAAUAACACAUAUAACGAGAACAAUACGCGAUGUUGAGAUAAAUAGUAUAUUUUCAUAAUAAAAUAAAUAUGUACGAAAAAUAUUUUUGAGAAUAGCUUAGGUUUAAUAAAUUAUUUAUUCAUUUUACAUUGUUCACUAUUCCACUUAGUAGAAAACAAUAAAUUGUGAAUUUACUCAUUUUAAUUUAAUUUAUUAUUUAUAUUUUUUAUAACAUAUAUGUAAUAUAUUAUAAUGUAAAUAUAUAUAAUAUAAUGCUUUUUAUAUAGACCCGGGCGUAGCCCGGAUAAAAUCUCUAGUUGUCAUAAAAGCUUUAAUAUUUGAUCGAAUACUAAAAAUAUAUACUAAGUUAAGUAUUUAGUUUAAUUAUUUAUGUUAUAGCACUAUUGGUACUUGCAUUUGUUAUGAGUUUUUGCAAUUUUGAAUUUUUUGGAUAUCCAUGUGGAUUCAAAUUAGGUUCGGAUAAAAUCCAUAAUCUGAAAUAUAUUUCAGAACAAAAUUCAUUCGGUAUUUUAUUGGAUCAAAUUCAAAUCAAAUUUUUGUGUUCAGUUUAAUUUUCCCACCCUUAAGUUUGUUUGAUGAUAUAAUCACUGAAAAAAAAGAUUGAAUUUAAAGAAACAAAAGGUACAAAACUUCUUCUAUGAACUAUUGAAUUGUGAAAGACAGGAAGCAUAAAUGUGAAAGAUUUUACAGUCUUAUCUAUCGAAAUUGACAGCAGUAUCUUUUGAUUAUCUCACUUUACAAAUAUACUUUUACAAUAAAUUUUUCAUGAUUUUACUUCCCUCCCAACCAUUAAUUAGUGUAUAUAUGUAAACAUCAGAAGAAACAAAAUAGGAAAAUAGUAAAAUCUUUAUUCGAGGAAAUUAAUUACUCCACUAAUCAUGUAGUAGCAGUUGUUGUUGUGCCUAUAAAAUGCUUCCAAACACACAAUUUCUAUACAAACUCAAUAUAUUUAUAUUUUAUCUUUCGCCGUAAAAUGGAAAACACCGUUGAUGAUCACCGUCUCCAACUUUCAUAUCCGCAAAGCUUCGGCGUCGAAACUCAUCAAAGUUUAGAAAUGUAUGGGCUACACAAAGAGACGCCGUUAGUCUGCAUGCCUCUUUCAGGAGCUAAAACUCCGUUUUCUAACCUCACGGUGACGGAGCCCUUUAACGGACCUGACACGUUUGAUAUCUCAUCUCUAUUCUCUCCUGACCCAAAACCCGUACUCGUAAGUCAGCGUCGGGUUAUGGAUGAUUCCAUCGCGGCCAUAGUUGGCGAAAACGUACUGUUCGGGAAUAACAACAUAAAAGUCUCCGAGCACUUCACGGCAACUGAGACCGGAGACGGCGUGAAGCGGUGGAGGAAGACGCCGCAGAAGAACGGAGGGUUCAGAGGUGUGAGAAAACGUCCGUGGGGGAGGUGGUCGGCGGAGAUAAGAGACAGGAUAGGGCGGUGCAGACAUUGGUUAGGAACGUUCGACACGGCGGAAGAGGCGGCACGUGCGUAUGACGCGGCGGCGGUGAGGCUUAGAGGGACCAAAGCUAAGACCAAUUUCGUGGUUCAUCCGGUCUUUCCGGAGGAGAUAGCUGAGACUCAGUCGUCAACGACGGAGGAGGAUAGGAGGAGGAAGAAGAAGAAGAGGGUGAACGUGAGGAAGUGUGUUAAAGUCACAUCGGUUGAACAAUUGUUCAGUGAUACCACUAGGAACUUAACUUCUUCUAGUAAUGAUGGAAACGUGACUAAUCCCUUUAACAAUCUUGAGAAAAUGGGCUUAGAGCACCCCCAUUAGUGAACCCCAUGAAAGGGGUUCACAAAGUAUUUUUUUAUUAUUAUUUUUUAGUUUGAUUUUUGUUUUAAAAAAAAAAAAAUACUUUUUCGGACCAAUCGCGGGCCGUCAGGUGCCGUGGGGCCCGCGCUACAGUGACGAACCAAGUUCACUGGGAAGAGAUGCAGAGAGACAAGUUCAUCAUCACUAUUCCUUAUUUUAAUAUUUUUUUUUUUUGGAAUCUGUGUGAACCUCCCAUAAAUUCACUAAUGGGGGUGCUCUUAGAGGUUGAUUUGAAGUUGGGUUUAGGUUUAUUUAGAAACUGUUAAUCACUUAUUGCUUAAUAGUUACGUUCUUUAAUGUCUUCUUUUGUUGGGUUAUUUUGUGUGCAUGAAUAUGAAUGAAGUAUUUUCUUUUGAUUGUUUGUGAAAUGUAGAGAACUGCAGUUCUUGGUCUGUUGGACAUAAUUCUUUAACAUGUAGUUUGUCUUAAUACAUUAUCCGUUUGUUUUACUUUUGGGGAUAUGACUAUACAUUGGUGAAGAAUUAAAUGAAACUGGCACUACAGUUCCAGUGACAAUAUAAAAUGUGAAUUGUUGGGUCAGAUAGAGGUAGUAAUUAACAUAGGAUAUAGAAGCUGGGCGCAGAAAUCAUGGGAUCAGUGUAGCUUUUUUUUUGUGAAUAGUUGAAUAUAGAUCUUGUUUCUUCUUUUUUUUUUUUUUCCGACAAAGUUUAUUUAAUAAAGGCCCAAAGCCCAUCACAAUUACAAGGCCCACAUCAAAUACGGCCCACUAACAAACCACUAACAAACCGCAAGCCCAAGAACGGCCCUAGGCCCAAGAGAGCAAAAUGAUGUCGGCCGCGUUCCAUCGCGAACCGCCGCAUCACUUCUGCCUCGACUAUCACCGGAGAACCACCCACCGGUACACCGAAACCACCCCGGAGCACAUCGACUCCACACCAUCUUCACCGCGACCGCCUAUCCUCCCAAUUAAGCCUAAUCUCGGAGAGAAUCAAUCGUGGCCGAGAUCUCAUCCGCCACAGUUCAAUACAGGGCCAAAAAGUAGGGGGCUUCGCUCAAACAAACGAUCUUCCACCAGAGAGCAUCCAUCGUCCUCCGACGAGGGCUCAGCCAACAAAACCAGAGCCAACAACACAUAACUAGUGACAAACACAGAAAAUAAAAACUAGACCCUAGAAAGGAACUAAGGGACCGUUAGCCGGCAACAAUGGAACUGUCGGAGCCUCCACGUUCCGGGAGCUUAAGCGGCGCUGCAGAGCUGACGAAGCCUCCACAACCCGGGAACUUGAGCGGCGAUGCAAGAGCUAUGGGAGCCUCUACAUCCCGUGACCAAAACGACGCUGAAACGAAGAUCUACCAGACGUACCUCCUCGCCGCGAAUCCAGAAGAAGAAAAGUCGCCGCGAGCCGAUCUCUUCCCGGAACGAAACCCUACCCCAGAUCCGCGCGCAUGUCGGAGAUACCUGACAGAUCGGAACAACCAGACGAUGACUUGAACGGAAUGACAGGGUAAAGAGCCAACGGCGCCGGUACGCGCUCGGACGCGCCACCGGACGCCGUGGCUACCUUACACGCUUUCUCUUUCUCUUUCUCUCUCUCUCUCUCUCUCUUCUCUCUCUUUAAUAUUCCCCUUUAUUUCUUGAUAGAUCUUGUUUCUUCUGCAGAGGAACUCUGGAGGAAACUUUGGGCAUUAGCUUAGCUGAAACUAAAAUCCACAAAAGCUGAGCAAGUAAAGACUAGUAGUGAACUUCUCUCUACCUGUAUACAGUUAUAUACGUGUGCAUAGUGUGUGAACCAUUGAACAUUUUGUUUCGUCAACCCAUUGAAAUUUUUUUUUAGUUCUGCAUUUGUAUUGGGUAAUGAGAAAGUCCUCUCCAGUCUCCAUAAAACCUGGGGAAAUAGAAAAGUUAUUUUGAAAAGUAUCCUUAAUUUAUCUUUAACAGUUUUUCAGUAUUUCAUAUAUAUAUAAGAAUUACUGCCAUUUAUAUAUCAAAAUGAGGUGAAACUAUUGAAACAAUGAAAAAUAUACAUACAUAUAUAUAUUUAUAAAUGAUAAAUCAUGGAACAUGCGUAUAU